CGGCGCUCGGGAUCCCGUUCCCACCUUCUUUUCCUUCUUUUUACUCCUUUUUCCUUCCUUAUUCCUUGGUUUUCUUCCUUUUUUUCCUUCUUUAUUCCUCGUUUAUCCUCCUUUUCCCUUAUUUUCCCUUCUUUUUUCCCUCCUCUUCCCCUUCUUUUUCCUCCUCUUCCCCCUUGUUUUUUUUCCCCCACUUUAUUCCUCCUUUUCAAUCCUUUUUACCUUUUUCCUCCUUUAUUCCUCCUUUCCCCUUCUUUAUUCUUUUUUCCUUCUUUCUCUUCCUUCUUCUUUUUUUUCCGCUUUUCUUUCCGUUUCCCCUUCUCUUUUCCUCUUUAAUCCUCCUUUUCGCUCCUCGUUUCCUCCUCUCUUCCUCCUUUUCCCCUUCGUUUUUUUUUUCCUUUUUUCGCUGUCCCCCUUCUUUUAUCCUUUUCCCCCUCUUUUUUCUCCCCUUUUCUCUCCUUUCCCCCCGUUUUUCCCACUUUUCCCGGUUCCACGGGGCCUGUUUUCCACCUCCAGCCGCCCCGGCUUUCCGCUGGGAAGGCGGAUUUAGGGCGGGGGGAGGAGGAGGAGGAGGAGGAAGAGGAUUAAAGGAUCACAUCCAGCAUCACUGGGAGAUCCACGUGGUGAUGGGCAACGAGGCCUGUGACCUGGACUCCACGGUCUCAGCACUGGCCCUGGCCUAUUUCCUGGCCCAGAGCUCCCCAGCUCCUGGAGCCGCCUUCGUGCCGGUGCUGAACAUCCCCCGCGCCGACUUCGCGCUGCGGACGGAGACGACGUUCCUGCUGCGGGAACAGGGCAUCCCGGCCACCUCCCUCAUCUUCCGGGAUGAGAUCGACCUGGGGGGGCUGCACCACGCCGGGCUGCUCUCCCUGACGCUGGUGGAUCACCACGUCCUGCCCGGUGCCGACGCAGCCCUGGAGGAGGCCGUGGUGGAGGUGCUGGACCACCGGCCGCUGGAGCGGGACCGCGGCCCACCGUGCCGGGUGACGGUGGAGCCGGUGGGCUCCUGUGCCACGCUGGUGACCGAGCGCAUCGCCCAGGGCCCCCCGGGGCUGCUGGACAGAACCACGGCCGCGCUGCUGCACGGCACCAUCCUCCUGGACUGCAUCAACCUGAGCCCGGCCGCCGGCAAGGUGACGCCGCGGGACGUGGCAUGCGUGGCCCUGCUCGAGGACAGGUUCCCCGAGCUGCCGCCCCGCGACAGCGUCUUCGGGGCCCUGCAGGCGGCCAAGUUUGAUGUCUCGGGGCUGACGACAGAGCAGAUGCUGCGCAAGGACCUCAAAGUGCUCUCCAGUGACGAGCUGGUCCUCGCCAUCAGCGGCAUCUACGUGGACCUGGAAACGUUCCUGCUCCGGCCUGGCUUGCUGCAGGACCUGGAUGGCUUCUGCCAGGCCCAUGGCUACGCAGGGCUGGUGGCCAUGACCGUCUCCUUCAACGAGCGCCACGAGCCCACCCGCAAGCUGGCGGUCUACAGCCGCUGCGAGACCCUCCGCGGCACGCUGUGCCGGGCGCUGGAGGAGGCGACGACGCCGUCCCUGCACUUGCAGCCCCUGCCCAGCCCCUGGCCCUGCGUGGGCGCCUUCGCCCAGGGCAACGCCUUGGCCUCUCGCAAGAAGGUCCUGCCCAUCCUGCGGGCAGCCCUGGGGGGCGCGGGAGCUGCCGGGGGUCCCGAGGAGGAGGUGGUGCCCCCGCCCACCCCCAUGAACAGCCUGGUGGAGGAGUGUCCUCUGGCGCAGGCUGUGCCCCCGCUGUGCCCCCAGGAAGUCCUGGAGCGGGUCAGCCGCAUCGCCACGGGGCAGCCCCCCGGCUCCCCCAAAUAACAGCGGGCACCCCGCGGCUCCGGAGGGCUGGACGAGAGGUUGGGGUCCCUGAGUAGGCCCUGGGGGGUGCCCGGGCAUGGGGGGUUGCAGCCACCUUCGUUAUAGAGCUCAGCUCUUGCUCCUCAGUGUGAGCUGUGCCCCCAGUGGGCUCCCCCCGCCCCCACAGUCCCCCAGGGUGGGUUUUUGGGGGCAGCAGUUGCACGCACUUAAUGAGGGCACUGGGGGGUUGUUUUUUAACGAGUUCUUGAUGUUCUUCCCUCCCCUGGAGGGCUGCAGGGGGGGCCCUGGAUGCCGGGUCCGGACACGCAGCCAGCCCAGGAAUGUCACCCACAUUUUCCAAGGAUUAAACUUCCCUUUUCUUCCA